AACCACGGCGGCCGCGGCGGCGAGGAGGAGGUGGUGGUGAGCACGGGCGUGGGCGAAGGCGGCAGCAGCUUGGGUGGCGCGGGUGCCAACGCCGUUAAGCCACCGCGGCCUCCUCGCUCUCCACGCUGGCCUCGGGGACGCCGCGUUGGGGAGGCCGGGCACCUGGGUCCGUCACACCAGACCUUCAGGCACUGUGUGCCACAUCCUUCCCGCUUGCCACAUGAGUCCAAGUCAUGACGGACGCCAAGUAUGUCCUGUGCAGAUGGAAAGAGCGAUUAUGGCCUGCAAAGGUUUUGGCCAGGACUGAGAUAUUAACUAAGAGAAAAAAGGAAUUUUUUCUAAAUGUUCAGAUACUUUCCGUAGACAAAAAAGUGAGAGUGAAAAGCACAGAAGCCAAGAUCUUGAGAAAGUCCCACAUCGAGGACAUUGCUGCCUUAUUGGCCUCACAGGAGAAGGUUUCAGCAAAACCUGUGGAGGAGCUGACCUACAGACGGUCGCUUCGAGUGGCUCUGGAUGUUUUGAAUGAGAGAAGCUGUUCGCAUCAAGAAAACUCUUCUAGGGAAAAAGGAGCUGCUGUGACUGCGGGAGAGAAGCAUGUGGAACGGGCAUCCUCACCCUGUGGUCCCAACCCUUCAUUUCUUCCCCACAAGGGGGUGUUGAACAGUUCUGGACUUGAGAGAAGGGAGCGAGUGUACCAGAGGCUGUCACGCUCGUCCAUUGGUGAAAGUGACCUCAGGUGCCAAGUGGACCACAAAAAAAGGAUUGGGGAAAGUGAAAGCCCACCUGCCCUGGUGGUCUCAGCUGGAGGUGGUCCUCAGAACCUGAGUAGAUCAAGAAUACACCUCGAAAAUGGGACGACCCCUAGUAAAAGGGGAAGAAAUUUGGCACAGGAGUCCAGUGGAUAUCGGAAUGGCCCUUCCCUUCCAGUGGGAGAUGGGGAAGGAAAGAGUGAGGAAGAGGCAGGCAGCCCGGCAGCCCAGAGCUUACCUUCUGCAGUUAGGAAGCAGGGUCUGUGUGCCAAAGGGAGCCACCGGAGUUUGCCAUUAGGCAGCCCAAGUACGCACCCAGCCUGCCGGGAUUCUCGAGACCCGCCCGCUAAGCAGCUGUGCUCUGGCGGCAGCCAGAGGUCUGGGCCAAGGGGAUGCAUGAUUCUGCGCAGUGCCAGUAGGUCCACCCGCCUCGCUCCCUCAGAGGACACAAGUCUUCAUGUCCUGGAGGAAGACCGUCAGUCUUCUGAAGAGUCGAUGGAGUUUGAUCCCAUUAAUUCCAUCCUGGAGGAGGAAGAGGAGGAUGAGGAACUCCCAAGACUCCUUUUAUACCAUGAACCACGCUCAUUUGAAGUAGGAAUGUUGGUCUGGCUUAAAUACCAAAAAUACCCCUUCUGGCCUGCAGUGGUCAAGAAUAUCAGGCGGAGAGACAAGAAAGCAAGUGUGCUUUUCAUUGAAGGACACAUGGACCCGAAAGGACGAGGCAUCACAGUGCCUCUUAGGAGGCUGAAGCACUUCGACUGUAAAGAGAAACAGGCACUUCUGAACAAGGCCAAGGAGGACUUUGACCAGGCCAUUGGCUGGUGCGUCUCCCUGAUCACAGACUACAGGGUCCGGCUUGGUUGUGGUUCCUUCUCUGGCUCUUUUCUGGAAUAUUAUGCAGCCGAUAUAAGCUAUCCUGUGCGCAAGUCCAUCCAGCAAGAUGUCUUAGGGACCCGGUUCCCUCAGCUCUGCCAGGAGGACCCUGAGAUGCCUGUGGCUGGGAGCCCCUGGGGCAGGAGGCAGCCCUACAGAAAAGUCCUGCCCGACCGGUCUCGAGCGGCGCGGGACCGUGCCAACCAGAAGCUAGUGGAGUACAUCGUGAAGGCGAGGGGUGCUGAGAGCCAUCUGCAGGCCAUCUUAAGGAACACAAAGCCAUCCAGGUGGCUGAACACAUUUCUGAACUCGGGGCAGUACAUGACGUGUGUGGAGACGUACCUGGAGGACGAGGAGCAGCUGGACCUGGUGGUGAAGUACUUGCAGGGGUUCUACCAGGAGACGGGUAGCAGGAUGCUGACACAGAUCAAUGGGGACAGAAUCCGCUUCAUCCUGGAUGUUCUUCUGCCUGAAGCCAUCAUCUGUGCAAUCUCUGCCGUGGACGCGGUAGAUUACAAGACAGCCGAGGAGAAGUACAUCAAAGGACCUUUGCUGAGCUACCGGGAGAAAGAAAUGUUUGACAACCAGCUCCUAGAAGAAAGGAACCAGCGAUGCUGACGUGGGAAGGUGCCAUCGGGUGGUGGCGGGAGUCGCCAGAGGUCCCCGUUCUGUUGAACGUGCUGUCGAAAGACGGGGCUGGGAAACGUGUCAGAUGCAUCUGUGGGCUCUGUUUUCCUGGCUUUGGGGGGAAGAUACAGUUCUUGAAAGGUUUUUAGAAGGACAAAAAUGACUUAUUUUGCUUUAUAUCAUUACUUGUGACUGUAUAGAAUAGUUUAAUAUAAGGUACACAUUUGUCUUUUUAUGUUAAAAAGCAUUGUAUCCGAUAUUAAACAGGAGUUUAAAAAUAAGUUUGAUAUGAAUGUAUAGCUCCAGAGACAUUGUAUAUUUUUCCAUUCCCCCUUCUUUGUGUGGUUUCCUCUUAACAUUGUUCCUGAGUUUGGUAUGUUUCCUUGUACAUUUUUUAGGACAACUAGUGUUUAUAAAAGAUGGAGCCAAAGACCAGCUGCUUUCUCAUGCUUUAGCACUUGCGGUGUUGGUUGUGCAGGACAAGAGAUGGACAUAAAUCUUUCUUGGUCUCUUUCCCCUUGGUCUCAUGUGGGGGGGGGUCUCUGCUCCACCCAUCCGCCAUGGGUGUCCGUAUGAGACAGCAUCUGUCCAUGUGCUGGGCAUUGUUACCACCCGGCCGACCCUGUGGUCUCAGUAAUCUGUGUGGGUAGCCGUGAUGAUACUGUGUGUUCACUGCUCCAACAUGGACAGCCAAGGUCAUCAUGCACAGGUCUUGGGCCCAGCUCUUGAUCUGGAAGCCAUAGAAUUGGGCUCUUGUUCCUGCCCAAAGCAUGAGACAGGUUUCAUGGCCCCAAGAGUCCCUGACUUGGAACCCUAGCUAUGUGCAGACCCAUGCCUCAUUUUCACUUGGCCAGGCCUCGAACACGGGUAAACAGUCAGAGCCACGUACCAGUGAGUUAUUUAUUCUAAGCUGAUGUGGCAGUAAACAUCAAUGACGUUAACUUCAAGGCCCUGCCCUGUUGUCACCACCCUGGCUUCAUUGUCAUCCCUGGGCUGAGGUCAGUGCACCCACUGGCAUGAUAGUGCCCUCUCUCCUGAUGUCCCCCUCACCCAACAGGAAUUACUGCAGAAGGCCGUCAGCAGGAGAUUCUCAUGGGAUAUGCAAGGGUGGGUGCCUUGGGUCCCCAAGAAGUCUGAAGGAAAUGUAGAAAUCACCUCUGGUUAGUUAGUGGGACACACUGGGGAAAUGGCUUGCAACCUUGCCCCAGAACUCUGCUGGUGAUCUAUGUCUCAGGUGAUUUUGCUCAAAUCUAAAAGCAGGAGAUCUUUGCAUGCAGCUCCCCUGCUAUCCCUCCCAGGUUGGCCAGAGGGGUGACUUCCGAGGGAAGAACUAGUGACCCAGAGCCAAAAUCAUUGGUGGGUGAGGGUCUGCAUCUGAGGGGGAAGACUUCUGAUGCCUAGUAACCUGGCUCUGCACAGAUCAGUUUUCCUGGACAGAGACCUCCAUAGCCACACAGGGUGGCCCCACCCACACUGCCAAAGUGAGCCUGGCUCCCUUCCAGAAAAGUCCAACAGCGCCGUCUACUGACAGCGAACCUUCAUGAAAUUAGUCAAUGAGAAGUUUCCCAUCUGAAUAUACUGGCUGUUCUCCUGGGUGACAAAUGUACCCAAGUGGAAAUCCUGUGGCCUAUGUGAGGUUAUCCUGUUACUGUGAAGUGCUUUUAAAUUCCUGUAUUUUUUCUCUGUUCUUCACUGUGCUUCAAGUCUGUGCUUGCAGACCUAAACCAUUCAGGUGGAAAAAUAAAUGUCAUUUUGGA